GCCAAGAGGUGCGCCACAGCUUAACCCCCUCAGUGAUGGACUCCAGGGCCCGCCAGAAGUCUCACCUGAGUAAGAAGUGGAGGAUCCAGGCCCAGGAGAAUUUUGCCAAGAAGUUUCCAUACAGGUUCUCGUUGCUGACAGAGCCCGACCCUGAACCCCUGCAACCCUGGAAGAUCACAGACAACUCCAAUACUGUGCAGCUGCCCCUGCAGAAGAGGUUGGUGCCAACAAGGUCCAUCCCAGUCCGAGGGCUCGAGGCUCCAGGUUUUACAUCACCAUCCGGCUCCAGCCCAGCACCACUGCCAGCUUUGCCGCCACCUCCACUGUGUAGCCUUUGGGAACUCAAGUUGCUGAGCCACCGCUUCCCCAGACAACUUGCCUUCCUGCUGUCCACCCUCAACACUGAGGCUGCCGCCCCCACAACCAGAGAGGCGGCAGGGCUAUCCAGGGGCCUCUUCUAGAGGCUGGGCUUUGUGUGGCCUCCUUACUGGCCACCUACUCCUUGGCAGGCUCUGGGCAGUGGCUGAAGAGACUUGAGUGAAGGGAUCAGCCUUCACAGACCGGGAGUGCUUUGUGGUCCCCCAAGGAGCUAUGCCAAGCUGAUAAACUGUGCGGAUUCCCACCCAACUUCCAGCUGGGAUGAUCAUUUUGCCUCUCUGAGCCUUCAUUUUCUCAUCUCUAAAAUUGUUGUAAUAAUGUUAAAUCUUGCAGGGUUGGUGUAAGGAUUAAAAAGAAUAUGAAUGUCACUUCUAGGACUUUAUCCCAAAUGUACACUCACACAGGUAAGUAAACGCUGCCCACUCCAGUACUGCUAGAAACAGCGAAGGACUGGAAAGCAGCUAAACUGUUUCCUAAACACUGAUAGGAAGCUGCUAAAUUUUACAACUGCUCCUGGAAAUCUUAGGCAGCCCUUCAAAUGUAGAGGCAGCUUUUUAUACACUGCUCUGAAUGAUCUACAGGUCUAUUACAAUAUUUGUUAAAAA